GUCGCCGCAGUUCCACUUCCGGGUCACGCCCAUCGACCCCGUUCGGCCGCCACCUGAGCUGAGCCGCGACCGGAGCGUCGGCCCGGGAGCCGUCGCCAUGAGGCUCUACAGCCUAAGUGUCCUUUACAAGGGUGACCCCAAAGUGCAUUUGCUCAAAGCUGCCUAUGACGUGUCCACCUUCAACUUCUUCCAGAGGUCCAGUGUGCAGGAGUUCAUGACGUUCACGAGCCAGCUGAUUGCAGAGCGCUCGGCGCUGGGCAGCAGGGCCUCUGUCAAGGAGCAAGAGUACCUGUGCCACGUGUACGUCCGGAACGAUGGGCUGGCUGGAGUGGUGAUUGCAGACAACGAGUAUCCACAGCGGGUUUGUUUCACCUUGCUGGACAAGGUGCUGGAUGAGUUCUCCAGGCAGGUCAGCAAGAUGGAUUGGCCCUCGGGGUCCCCUGCCACCAUCAGCUACUCUGCCUUGGAUGGAUACCUCAGCAAAUACCAGAACCCCCGUGAUGCCGACCCGAUGACCCGAGUGCAGGCAGAGCUGGACGAGACCAAAAUCAUCCUGCACAACACUAUGGAGUCACUGCUGGAGCGGGGGGGAGAAGCUGGAUGACCUGGUCUCCAAAUCGGAGGUGCUCGGAGCACAGUCUAAAGCCUUCUACAAAACGGCCCGAAAGCAGAAUUCAUGCUGUGAAAUCAUGUGACGCGGAGCCCGGGGUCUCCAGCUCCGGACCACCAGCCCUCCGUCCCCCUCUGCAGCCCCCCCCAGGGAGUUCCUGGGGCUGGGCUGGGGCUCCUCAGCCCCCUGGGCUGAUGUGACUGUUGUCCACCUUGAGGGGACACCGAAGCUGGCACUGGGCCGGCACUGCAGGGGGGUCUGCACCAGAGACCUCCUGCUCUCGCUGUUCCUGGGGGAGGCUCGGACCGUGGGGUGCCAGGCCACGCAACCCCCUGCCUUCACAACCCCUCCAUGGGGACCUGGGAGGGGCCCCCCACUGCUGUCCCAAGGGGCUGGGGGGGGCAGGAGCAGCCCCCUGCCACAAUCCCAAGGGCUGGAGGGCUUUUAUGUAUUCUGUGUCCAAAGGGUGAGCUGGGGGGUGGGAGAAGGGGGGGGCGGGGAGGGAAAAAAAAGAGGCUCCUUGGCUGGGGGAGUGCUUGCUGCAUUCCCGGGCAGCUUCUUCCAGAGCCACGUCCCUGUGCCUGCGGGGGAGCUCACCAGCCUUCCCUGCACCUCAGAGUCCCCUCUCCUGCUCCCAUCAGCUGGGGGGGUCUCAGCGCCUGCUGGGGGCCCAGCAGCCCUCCCUGCCUCCCCUUCCUCCUCCUUGGGAAGGGAAAAGCUUGGGCUUGGGCUGUACCCGCAUGGUGAUUGGGUCAUUUCCGUGCCCCAGCUGCACCGGCCGGGGGGAUAAAGUUGUCUUUGCCAGUUGUAGCCCUAUUCCCCUUCUCUGUGCGGCGUCCUGGGGGGAAUUGGGACAAACACCUGGGCAACACUCCCUGGGCACCCCGGCAGGGACGGAUGCACUUGGCCUCCUCCCUCCACCUCUUUCUUAAAUGAUCGUUGGUUUUUCCUCGUAAUUUAUUUGCAGUUUUCCCGA